GAGGGAUUGGAGAAACAGAAUGGGAGGCAGAUGGGGAGAAGGAAAGGGAUGGGGGGAGCCAUGAAGAGAGAUAGACAGGAAGGCUAGAGAAAGAAGGGGCAUCAUAGAUCUGUAGAGUGAUACUACAGAAAACUAGGAGUUAAUCUGGGACAUUGCAGGAAGGCUGGGGACAACAGAAGUAUGGGAUGAGGAAUGAGAUGGCGAAGAGAGACAGAGAUCAAGCCCUGAGCCCUGAACUUGCCCUGUUCCCACCCCUGGGGCCCAUGGGCAGAAAGGAUUCCUGAAGAUUUGGGGUUCAUUCUCUUCUCCCUCUCCUCCUUUCUUCUUCUGGAUUUCUGAAUUCCAUUUGGGACCCUGAAGACCUUAGAGGGUUCCUUGGUUCCUGGUUCCUCCCCAGGGUACCACUCUGUCCCCUGGUAAAAGCCCACAGGGUUCCCUCUAGGCCCUGGGAUAGCAAGAGGGGCUAUUGGUCACCAGCUGCCUCCCUCCCACCUGGUGCCCCAGCUCCCUCCACUGUUGUUCAUUCUUGAUGCAGGCGGACUCUUUGGUGGUCUGUGAGGUGGACCCAGAGCUGAAGGAGAAACUGCGAAAGUUCCGCUUCCGGAAAGACACAACUAACUCGGCCAUCAUCAUGAAGGUGGACAAAGACCGGCAACUAGUGGUGAUGGAGGAAGAAUUUCAGAAUAUUUCGCCUGAAGAACUGAGGAAUGAGCUGCCUGAGAGACAGCCCAGGUUCAUAGUUUACAGCUACAAAUGGCUCCAUGAAGAUGGACGGAUCUCUUAUCCACUCUGCUUCAUCUUCUCCAGCCCCGUAGGCUGUAAGCCGGAACAGCAGAUGAUGUAUGCAGGAAGCAAAAACCGACUGGUACAAACUGCCGAGCUCACCAAGGUGUUUGAGAUCCGUACCACAGAUGACCUGACAGAGGCUUGGCUUCAGGAGAAAUUGGCCUUCUUCCGUUAGCUGGGGGUAUCUGGAGAUGUCCAAGGAUCUGGAGACUGGACACCUGGGUGCUGGGAAAUGAAAUCCCCUCAGACAAAAUAAACUAGUGAAACCUGGUCUGA